UUUCUUUAACGUAUCGGAGAGUUUGUUGAUUUGUAAUAGUUCUGUUUGUUUCAAUUCCAAAUUCGAUUUCUGUUUUUCCUUCUCUAGCAUCUCUGCGUUGCUAAGACACUGGACGCUGCUUUCUUUAUUAGCAAGGAAAAUCUGAAUUCCUCCAGCACUCAGGAUGGGGAAAGAUUAUUAUUCUAUACUGGGAAUUGAAAAAGGGGCUUCUGAAGAGGAUAUCAAAAAGGCUUACAGAAAACAAGCGCUUAAAUGGCAUCCAGAUAAGAACAAAUCUCCACAUGCAGAGGAAAAAUUCAAAGAGGUUGCAGAAGCUUACGAAGUGCUGAGCGAUCCCAAAAAGAGAGACAUUUAUGAUCAGUUUGGGGAGGAAGGUCUGAAAGGAGGAGCUGGAGGACCUGAUGGACAGGGUGGUACCUUCCGGUACUCCUUCCAUGGUGACCCACAUGCUACAUUUGCAGCUUUCUUUGGUGGCACAAAUCCUUUUGAGAUCUUCUUUGGAAGGAGGAUGCCUGGUGGCAGAGACACUGAAGACAUGGAGGUGGAUGGCGAUCCAUUUGGGUCCUUCACUAGUUUUAGUAUGAAUGGUUUUCCAAGGGAAAGGAAUACAGUUGGUAGCCAAUUACGUCGCAAACAAGAUCCCCCUGUAAUCCAUGAACUUAAAGUGUCAUUGGAAGAGAUCUACCAUGGCUGCACAAAAAGGAUGAGGAUUUCACGUAAAAGGCUUAACCCAGAUGGUAGAAGUGUCCGAACAGAGGACAAAAUUCUUACUAUUGAGAUAAAAAGAGGGUGGAAAGAAGGCACCAAAAUCACUUUUCCAAAAGAAGGUGAUGAAACACCUAACACAAUUCCAGCUGAUAUUGUUUUUAUCAUUAAAGAUAAACCUCACUCUCACUUCAAGAGAGAUGGAUCAAAUAUUAUCUAUCCUGUUAAGAUCAGCUUAAGGGAGGCUUUGUGUGGCAGCUCUAUCAAUGUGCCAACGAUAGAAGGAAGAACCAUACCCAUGACAGUAAAUGAAGUUGUAAAGCCUGGGAUGAGAAGAAGAAUUAUAGGAUAUGGUUUGCCGUUUCCCAAAAAUCCUGACCAACGUGGAGACUUAAUUAUAGAGUUUGAAGUAAUUUUCCCAGAUAACAUUUCUCCAGCAUCAAAAGAAGUACUUAGGCGAAAUCUUCCAGUUUCAUAAAACGAAGACUGUGUAUGUCAACUGUUUAAAUAGGACACUGGAAAUGCAGAAGACUGGCAAGUCUGUGCUUUAAAAGUGCAAUCUGUAACAACUAGUGGAAUAUUUGUUUUUUUUUGUUUUGUGGGAUGGGUGGGGGGAAAUAUGUAAUGCUGCA